CUUCUAAAAUCGACGCACGGAGGGGAAUUGAAUUGAGGUACGCCGAAGUCGUGGUUCGUCUGACGUAGAUCAGUAGAUGUCCCUGAAAAUGAACCGGGGACGGGUCCGCUCACCGCUGUGGUCUCUCGGCGGAGAGGCACGUUCCAGAAGCGUGCGCGUUGGAGGCGCCGGGACUGCCGGGAGAAACGCGCAUCGCGCUCCAGAGGCGUCGCGUCGGCGUCGGGAGGAAGGGAGCGGAGCGGUAUGAGGGUGCUGUGCCACCGCGGAGGUGAUUCUCGUCCGUUCUCCGGCCACCCGACAGGGGAGGCGGCGAGGGGGCGGACACGCGCAUCUCGAUUCUCGCGCUCCUCCGCCGUUGAUGGGCCGCGCGAGGGCUCGCGAGCGUCGCCGACCCGCGGCGGACUCACAUCACACACGUGAUACCGUCGUGCGGGAGUGCGCGCCUCGUUUUAGUCACGGCGACAUCGGACUUCUUCUUCUUCUUGUCUACCCAGCGAAACGGCGUCGGGGCGGGACGCACAGUACCGUUGGAAAACUACCGCGAGAAAUGCAGUUCUCCAUGGGAGAGAAUCCAAGGUAAUUUAUUCGGAGAUCGGAGACGAUUAACGUCGAGGACAUGGCGGUCGACAUUUUGGACGAGGAUCAUCUCGCCGUGAGCGCGAUUGUGACCGUCGGCAUGCAGCUGAUCUUCUUUACGAUCGCGGCCACUUUCCAGAUGGACAAGCUGACGGACUUUGCCGGUGGCACCAACUUCAUCAUCCUCGCUCUCCUCACUUUCUUUCUCGGUCAAGUGGGCAAGACGUACGACAGUCGGCAGAUGAUGGUGACCAUAUUCGUAUGCUUAUGGGGCGUGCGGCUCUCCGGAUACCUCCUAUACAGAAUCGUCAAAAUAGGUCGUGAUAAGAGAUUUGACGAUCGUCGCAGUAACGUGAUUCGCUUCGCCGUAUUCUGGACAUUUCAGGCUGUGUGGGUAUACGUCGUCAGUCUGCCUGUGAUAAUAAUCAAUUCUCCACGACACAAAAUACCGCCCGCGCCAAAGACGAUGACGACGCUCGACAGUGCCGGCACGGGCCUCUUCUUGGUUGGCUUGCUAGCUGAGACCUACGCCGAUCUGCAAAAGUUCACCUUCAAGCAAGAUCCGGUGAACAAUGGGAAGUGGUGUAACGACGGACUUUGGAGGCUCUCCCGGCAUCCAAAUUAUUUCGGCGAGAUUGUCGUUUGGUGGGGGAUAUUCGUAAUAUCCCUAAACGUCAUCGAAGGAGCAGAAUGGGUUGUUAUUGCAUCCCCGAUCUUCACGACGCUUAUUAUUCUAUUUCUAUCAGGGAUGCCAUUAUUGGAAAAAGCAUCGGAUGAAAGAUACAGGGAUAACGCGGAGUAUCGCUACUACAAGCGAUCGACGUCACCGUUGAUACCAAUACCGCCGUCUAUCUACGUUGAGGUGCCACAUUUCCUCAAGUUUAUAUUCUGCUGCGAAUUUCCACUUUACGAUUCCCUGGAUGUGAAGCCGAGAUCGGCCGUCACCGAAUCAACAUCUAUCAGCCUCGCAGCGUCCACGUAGCUGUAACCACACGCCGGACGUCCGAAUUCCGAGUCCGGCGUGCAGUCGACAGCAACAGCUUCAACCAGUACAGCCCUCUGAGCGCUACUUUAUCUUUCUCUGCGGCAUCGAGAAUCCCGUCUACCUACUGACAAAAAUAUAAACUCGACGGCCGAACCGUAAAUCCCAGUCCAACAACACUCUAUCAAGCACGAUAUCGGCACGAUCUCGAGGAGUUAGACUGUACUUGGUCAUGCACAUCAAUUUCGGUAUGUGGGAACUGAGAAGGAAUCCCUUUUCAAAAUGGAAAGGCUUAUAAAAGAUGAAGUAUUAUUAUUUUUGUAACUAAAAGCCUUUCCCGGCGUUAGGCAUAAAUGUUACAGGUGACUUUUCGUAUAGAAUCGAAUGAUGAGAUGAACAAAGAAAAUUAUUUUUGUAGCGAUGUUAUAUGGGUACCAAUGUAAAAGUAGCUUAACGACCAAUUCGAGCAUCGUUUCUGUACGACAAGUCGACGGUAAUCAAUGACUCGAUUAGCGGCUUUAUUUAUGUACGUGCUUAAACUCUUAUUUUAGAUACAAGAAGAUUAGAUAAAACAAGAAAGAUUGGAAAUAAUAUAUAAUUUGUAUGUUCCAAAUAAUAUCCAAGCUUAAAAAGAAAAUCUCUUAAAAAGCGUCACUAUAUUCAAUUAGUCAAUCGCUACUUAAAAUCGCUACUUUAAAUGAAUAAUAUUAUAUGUUGUUCCAAGAGAGUAGUUCUUGGAAAUAAAUUAGGCAGGCGGUUUAUCGCGCUCGCUAUCAACUAACAAAAAGUAUGUGUCUUAAAUAUCGCAGAAACAAAAUUUAAAACGAGAUUUUAAUGUAAUAUAAAUAAGACGAUGUAGCCCAUUUUUGAAACUAAUAGUAACUUUGAAAAUUGAUGGUCUGUAAUAGUUGGCGAUUGAUACUGUCGAUUCGUAAAAGUAAAAUAAUUAGCAGAAACGCAUAUCGAGGAAAAACGGAACAUGUGUGUUCCAAUUUUCGUAACUCGGCAACGAAUAAGCAAUAUUUAUCGCCAGAGUCCAAUGAACGUAACAAAACAGUCAAGUUUACAUUUCAUCUAUCACAAUCGCUAUUCAUUUCAUUAGUAUAUUCAUAGGAUGCUUACAAAGAAAUUUUAGAUGCAAUGCGAACGUGGUACAUACGUCCACGUAUCCCGAUUGCAAUUCCGAGGCUUUCGAUCGAAUUAUUGAAUCAUAGCAAUAUUAAACAUAUCUCCGUGCCGAUAGAGCGUCCCCAGAAUACGAAGUAUAAAACAAAUUCCGAAGGAAAUUUAUAAAACAUAUGUAGCGAUAAUUCAAAUUAAUGACGCGCAUGAAACGAAUUCCUCGUGAAUAAAUGAUUCAAAUAUUACUUCCCAAUACUUCACUGUUACGUACGUCUUCGAAGUUUAGAUAAUAAAUAAUUACUGAUCCUAAA